AUGGCCACCGGCGGCGCCAACAACGGCGGCGUCACCUUUGACACAAAGCAGAUGCUCGGGAUCUACGGCGGCACACUGGCACUGUGCGGCCUGCUCAACUCUGGCCCCGUCAAGAUCAUCGCCCUCAUCAACGACUCGAGUGUGUGGUGGCACGUCCUAGGGACAGCCCUCAUCGUCAUCGCCCUGCCCUGCAUCGCCGCCGUCAAGCAGCCGGCGUCCUUUGCAUUCACGUCGUUUGCAGACAACAGCGAGGAAACCGGCGUCUACAACCCAGGCUACAUCUUCUUCCUGGGCCUUCUCAUGUCGCAGUGGACCAUCACCGGCUUUGACGCGUCCGCCCACAUGAGCGAGGAGACGACUGGCGCCGCCCUGGCGGCCCCCUACGGCAUCCUCAGCGCCGUGGGCGCCAGCGCCGUCAUCGGCUGGGCAUACAUAUUUGCUCUGGUCUUCUGCAUACAGGACCCCUCCAACCUCUUCAACCCCGACUCGGCGACAGGAGGCGCCCUGCCAGUCUUCCAGAUCUUCUGGGACGUGUUUCAGAGCAAGUGGGGCAGCGGCAAGGCGUCCCUAGUGCUGGCAGUCUUCCCCCUCAUCGCCGCCCUGUACGCGACCCCCUUUGCAUGA